GUAACUGACAAGCAUGGCAAGUUUAGUGGGUGCGCCAGCCGUGCCUUCACCUGCUCCACAAAAUAUUGGCAUACCAUCACCGCCUUCACUUCCUGCGCUGGUAGGCCCAUGUCUUCCUCAUCGCGUUCACCCCAUCUACGGCUCGUUCCACUUUCCACAAUGCGAUGGAAUCUUGCCAACCCUCCAUAGCGCGUCUACUAUCUCGUCGUCAGCAGCACAGUCGGCAACGCAUUCCGAGUCGUUUCAGGAGACUGCUGAACGAGAACUUGUGGAGGCGGUCAUGUCUGGCGAUGUUUCGAGGGUGUCCGACCUUUUGAAAACACAGGGAAAGCAGAACCUUGAAAUUCAGGAACAAGACUCUUUCAAAGAAUUUUCAUCUGGCAGAGGCGUUUCGAACGCUACAGGGUUGGGAUUAGUACACUAUGCUGCCUCACGUGGACAUUUGGAAGUGCUUCAACUGUUGGUCGAAAGAACGUCCCUGGUGGAUGUUGACGUCAAAGACCGCGAAGGCGAGACACCUCUAUUAAAAGCAGCGUACAACGGUCACACACAAGUCGUACGAUAUCUCCUCUCAAAGAAUGCAAAUGUCAACCAACAAGACAGUGACGGGUGGUCAGCACUGCAUAACUGCGCAUCGCGAGGUCAUCUAUUUGCAGCAAGAGCAAUCAUUGAAGGUGGCGCAGACGUCAACGCCAAAAGCCGAACAGGCCACACCCCAUUAAUGAGUGCGAGCGCUAAGGGAUUUCUGGAUUUAGUGGAACUGCUUUUAAACAACAAGGCUGACCCGCUUGUGAAGAACAAUUUUGGAGACACCGCGUAUGACUUGGCUGCUCAAUCGGAGGAGGCCUACAUUUGUGAAGUGCUACAAGUGUCGGAACAGGAUACCUUGGAGCGGCUAUCCAGGGAUCAAGCAGGGCAACGUGGGUCAAAGCACCCACUAAUGGCUCAGCACAAUACGGUUGUUGAAGUGAUUCAUGAGAACCAGCGAUCAGGGUUCCUCUCCCGACAAUUUUCUGUGGCAAAUUUAAGUAAGAAUGACAUCCGAGGUCCAUGGUCUAGUUCGGCAGGGCGCCCAUGCACUCUUGAAGAUGUGCAUUUACCGCUAGUGCGAAACCCGCAGUCGGGGCAGCUGGUCAGGGGAUGGUUUUGGUUGACGGAUUGGCGUGUGGACACCAAGCAUCCGAGAGUAGACCCUGUGGAAGGCUGGCAGUAUGCCAAAGCAUUUGAGGAACCAGACGCACAAUGGACAGCAGCACCAAUUGGUUCGACCUUGGCGAUGACUGGUUGGGUGCGGCGCAGACGGUGGAUCCGUGUUCGCAAGCGAAGAGUCGAUGAUACAUCUGGCAGCAGGGGAGAGCAAGAUGCCGAUGGUAUUGAUGCCACUGGCGACUAUGUCGCUCGGGCGCAAGCUCUUGUGCAGAAUAUUCCGCAAGAUGCAAACGAAGGUGACAUGCAUAUGGUGAAAGAUGAGCUACAAUCAUAUGAGGAAGCCAUUGCGAUGCUUCUUACCGGCAUCAAAAGCGAAAAACGUGCGGAUGUCAAACGAAUGGCUUCUUCGCUGGUCACUUCAUAUUUGGAGCAUGCUGAACAGCUAAAUACCCUCAUCAAUACGGUCGCAGAGGGAGAGGAGGAGGAGGAGGGGAAAUCUACGGGUUCACCAGCAGCAUCCAGCUCUAAAGGCAAAUUACCUUUAGGAGGGAAUGGUGGGCAGCCCUCGACACAGGUAAAUCAAAUAGUUGAAAGCAUGCCGGAUACACAGGAGCGGCCGGAGGUCCUUGACGAACACGCCCAACCUCCAUCGCCUCUACCCUUUGGAGAGGCGCGAUCAAUGGCAAUCUCGACCCCAAUUAAUCCCCUCAGUGGAACUACUUCUUCUGCACCGCUUGCCAUGUCACCGAUAUCAUCAUGGCAACCUGAUGACGAAGCUCCCCAAUGUUCGCAAUGUCAGCGCCGCUUUACGAUAUGGCUGCGAAGACAUCACUGCCGGUGGUGCGGCCGUAUUUUCUGUGCGAAUUGCACCGCAUCCAGGCUUCCUCUAUUUCCCAACACCGCACCCCAUCGGGUCUGUGACUCCUGCUUUGACUAUCUUUCGAACCGCAAUGCCCAUUCCACACCCCCCUCCACCCCAACACAUAUGGGCGAUCCCCCGUCACCGUCACGAUCGGCGUAUUCGGCCGCUGAGAGCAUCAUGAAUGAGUGUCCUGUUUGUCAAGCCAGUCUAGACAACCAAAAUAUGUCCGAAGAGGAAAUGGAGGCACAUGUUGCAGAUUGCUUGGAUAGAGUCGCCACUGGACGGGGACAAGGGCAGUUGAUCAGCGGCAAUCGUUAUGUGGUCCAGAUUCUGAAAGAGGACCUUCCGAAUAGGGAGUGCGCAAUCUGCUUUGAGGAAUUUCUGCAAGGGCAACGAAUAGCGCGAUUGAAUUGUCUCUGUUUAUAUCACCAGCAUUGCAUUGAAGCUUGGUUUACGAAUCCGAAUUUCGGCAGCCGGGCCUGCCCUGUACAUUUCAAAUAAUAGUGGACAGGAAGAAAAGUAGUUUCCGUUAUCGUAUAUAGGGAGCAGAGGCGGCAUGCUUGCCAAAUCACAUUGAUCUAUUAUCGAAACACCCAAUAUUAAAUUUAUGCUCCAAAGCGUUGCUGACAACUGGCGUAUUGUUUCAUGCCUCUUCUAUACCCCAUAAAUGACAAUUCCCC